AUGCGGCAGCUGUGCCGGGGCCGCGUGCUGGGCAUCUCGGUGGCCAUCGCGCACGGGGUGUUUUCGGGCUCCCUCAACAUCCUGCUCAAGUUCCUCAUCAGCCGCUACCAGUUCUCCUUCCUGACGCUGGUGCAGUGCCUGACCAGCUCCACGGCGGCGCUGAGCCUGGAGCUGCUGCGGCGCCUGGGGCUCAUCGCCGUGCCCCCCUUCGGCCUGCGCCUGGCGCGCGCCUUCGCGGGGGUCGCCGUGCUGUCCACGCUGCAGUCCAGCCUCACGCUCUGGUCCCUGCGCGGCCUCAGCCUGCCCAUGUACGUGGUCUUCAAGCGCUGCCUGCCCCUGGUCACCAUGCUCAUCGGCGUCCUGGUGCUCAAGAACGGCGUGCCCUCGCCGGGGGUGCUGGCCGCCGUGCUCAUCACCACCUGCGGCGCCGCCCUGGCAGGCGCUGGCGACCUGACCGGCGACCCCGUCGGGUACGUGACGGGCGUGCUGGCGGUGCUGGUGCACGCCGCCUACCUGGUGCUCAUCCAGAAGGCGAGCGCCGACACGGAGCACGGGCCGCUCACCGCGCAGUAUGUCAUCGCCGUCUCCGCCACCCCGCUGCUGGUCGUCUUCUCCUUCGCCAGCACCGACUCCAUCCACGCCUGGGCUUUCCCGGGCUGGAAGGACCCGGCCAUGGUCUGCAUCUUCGUGGCCUGCAUCCUGAUCGGCUGCGCCAUGAACUUCACCACGCUGCACUGCACCUACAUCAACUCGGCGGUGACCACCAGCUUCGUGGGCGUGGUGAAGAGCAUCGCCACCAUCACGGUGGGCAUGGUGGCCUUCAACGACGUGGAGCCCACCUCUCUGUUUAUUGCUGGCGUCGUGGUGAAUACCUUGGGCUCCAUUAUUUACUGUGUGGCCAAAUUCCUGGAGACCAGGAGGCAAAGCCACUAUGAGGACCUGGAGUCGCAGCCCGCAGGAGAGGAACCGCAGCCAAGUGGGGACCAGCUGCCAUUCGAGAUGGAGGAGCUGCCGGGGGAGGGUGGAGGUGGCAGGUCAGAGAGUGGGGCGGGCGCAGGUGGCUGGGCUCAGCCGAGUGGGCCGGAGGCAAGGGGCAGCCCCUCAGGGGCUCCGCGGGUCUGUGGGAGCUCGCUGACCCCAGCGCACCCCGAAGAAGGUAGUAGAAGGUCUCUAAAGGAUGCUUACUUGGAAGUAUGGAGAUUAGUUAGGGGAACCAAGUACAUGAAGAAGGAUUAUUUGAUAGAAAACGAGGAGUUAGCCAGUCCUUGAAAGGGGCAUGCACGUAUGUACAUAUGUACAUACCGUUAUUUUAUAUGGUAGAAAUACUAUUUUAAUGCUAGGCCUCCCAAUUGUGUUCCUUGAAGGGUGGGGAAGGGAGCCCACAAAAUUAGCACCUGUGUGAAUUACCUACCAGGACUUUUUCUGAGGGGGGGAGGGAGGGAGAGAGAGAGAAAGAGAGAGAGAGAGAGAGACAGCACUUGACAUAGUCAAACUGAAGUAGGACUCAGCUUCUGCCUUCUGGCUCAUUUAUUUAUUUAUUUUUGCCUUUAUAACCAUAACCAAAUAUUUGCAUGCACCAAAAGUCCCUUGCUCAUACCUUCCAAAGAAGAGUGUACAAAUGAGAACUGCACUUAAUUUUAAAGAUUAUAACCAGGGGCACAUUUUUUGAUGCUAGUUAGACCUACAGUUGUUUAUAUUAUUAUUGUUAUUAUUAUUAUUAUUGUUAUCUUUAAAUAGUUAU